AUGGCAAGCCCGCCUCCUACAAGACGCUUUGCACCUCUGAGCAAAGGCAAAGGUCAUGACGCCAUCGACGGUGACAUGGUCUUGAAAGGCAUUGUGUUCGAUGUCGAUGGAACUCUCUGCGAACCUCAGAACCAUAUGUUUGGAACGAUGCGCGAAAAACUGGGUAUCACCAAGGAACAGGAUAUCUUGGAUCAUGUAUACAGCCUAUCAGGAUCGAAGCAGAAGGAAGCCCACAAGAUCAUCGAGGACGUUGAACGCGAAGCUAUGGCGGAGCAAGUACCGCAAGCUGGACUGGCCACACUGAUGGAACAUCUGGAUAAGAACGACAUCAAGAAGGGAAUCUGCACGAGAAACUUCAAUGCACCGGUCGACCAUCUUUUGAGCAACCACCUGCCAAGUCAUAUCGAUGCAUUCGCACCAAUUGUCACCAGAGACUUUCGCCCUCCAAAGCCAUCUCCUGCCGGCAUUUUGCAUAUUGCAAAGCAGUGGAAGAUCAUUGGCGAGUCAGACGUAGGAGAUGAUGGUCGGCCCAUUGCAAAGCGGUCAAUUCCCAUGAUCAUGGUUGGCGACAGCAUUGACGAUAUCAUCGCUGGCCACGACGCCGGUUGCGCUACCGUGCUACUCAGAAGUGAAGGCAAAGAGGACCUGGAGAAGGAUCCCCGAACUGACGUGGUCAUCAGCCGACUGGACGAAUUGGUCGACAUCCUGGAGAAAGGUUUCGAGAGCAGACAGAAAUGA